GUUAGUGGCUGUGAAGAUUGGGCGGUUUGGUCCUCAACAAUUUGUGUCCACACCAAAUGAAUCUGUGCACUGUGUGCGAAUGAGUAUAUAAAGGCCCCCUACCCACACCAUCCUGAGAUUCAGGGCCCAUCGUUCUUUGCAAUUUUAUCUUCAGAAGUGCUCGCUGCCCAUUGCUGAGCUGUUGAGGAGAGGGAGUAUCUUUUGAAGAAGAAAUCGAAAAGGGGUCUCUUGAAUUCUAGUUUUUCUGGGCAGCCAUGGCCUGUAGAAUUGCGCACUCGAGCUUCCUUUUCCUGGGACCCCAGAAAAGGCCGACUGAGGGCAACAGGAUUUUCCCCCAGAGUUCAGCUUCAUCAGGUGCAUAUCUUCUGAAGUGGGAAGGUCUACCUCAAAGAAGAAGCAAACAGAACCAAAGUCUUAUAUCCUUCAGAAAACACAAAGUUGUGAAAGCUGUGGCAGUCUCUGUGGCACCACCUCCAGCAGACAGUGCAGAACACAGGCAGCAAUUAUGUCAAGAAUAUGGUUUUCGGCAGAUUGGAGAAACCCUUCCCGAUAAUGUGACUCUGAGGAACAUAAUUGAUACACUCCCAAAAAAGGUCUUCGAGAUUGAUGAUGUAAAAGCUUGGAAGUCUGUGUUGGUAUCUGUCACUUCCUAUGCUUUGGGGAUCUUCAUGAUUGCAAAAGUACCAUGGUAUUUGCUUCCUCUAGCUUGGGCUUGGACUGGAACUGCAGUUACGGGGUUCUUUGUUAUAGGACAUGAUUGUGCACACAAAUCAUUUUCGCGGAACAAAUUGGUCGAAGACAUUGUUGGAACUCUGGCCUUUCUGCCACUGAUAUACCCGUAUGAACCAUGGCGAUACAAGCACGACAGGCAUCAUGCAAAAACAAAUAUGUUGGUAGAGGAUACAGCAUGGCAACCUGUUGACCCAGAGGAAUUUGAUUCUUCUCCAGUUCUUCGGAAGGCAAUUAUAUACGGAUAUGGGCCAUUCAGACCAUGGAUGUCUAUAGCACACUGGUUAAUAUGUCACUUCGAUUUGAAAAAGUUCAGACCUAAUGAAGUUAAUAGAGUGAAGAUAAGCUUGGCUUGUGUGUUUGCUUUCAUGGCAAUUGGGUGGCCGUUGAUAAUCUAUAAAACUGGCAUCAUGGGGUGGAUCAAAUUCUGGUUGAUGCCAUGGUUAGGUUAUCACUUCUGGAUGAGUACUUUCACAAUGGUCCAUCACACAGCACCUCAUAUACCCUUUAAAUCCUCGGAGGAGUGGAAUGCUGCUCAAGCCCAACUCAAUGGCACUGUCCACUGUGAUUAUCCCAGUUGGAUCGAAGUUCUUUGCCAUGAUAUUAACGUUCACAUUCCUCAUCAUAUCUCCCCCAGAAUACCAAGUUAUAACUUGAGGGCAGCUCAUCAAUCCCUCCAAGAAAACUGGGGAAAGUACAUGAAUGAGGCUACAUGGAACUGGCGUCUGAUGAAGACAAUUUUGACUGUUUGUCAUGUUUACCACAAGGAGCAAAACUACAUCGCCUUUGACGAGCUCGCCCCUGAAGAUUCUCAACCAAUCACAUUCCUUAAAAGAGUAAUGCCCGAUUAUGCUUGACUUAUUGGAAGCCGUCCACAGCCAUUUUUGUCGAGUCUUACUCCUCUACAGCAUUUACCGGUCAAGUCAGGUGUGGUAGCAUAGGAAAAUACAUAUCAGCUUUCUCAUCUCUGAAUAAUUCUUUUAAGUUGCAUGUCUUAAUAUAGAGUUGCUUCAUUAAAUGUAUCCAUGACCUUCAAUUUCCAAUUCAAUUUUCUAAUAAAAAAACUCUACUUCUGUCGUAGUA